UGCACUGUCUUGCGGUACGCUGACCAUAUACUAUUCUAUAUUUCUAUAUACUUGUCUGUGACGCUGACGCCUGACGGCGAUUGGUCGAUAUCCGAUUUGACAUUUUGACACGAGUUUAACGGUUUUAGUUGUAGUGUGUAGUCCCGAGUUUCCGACAAUCCUUGGACUCGUCGGAUGCAAUGAAAUGUGAAAGAAUACUGAAUCGUGGUUGUUGAGUCCUGAUCUCUAUUGUUUAGGUAUUACAUUUUAUUACUUGAUAUUCGAAAAUUUAUUACUUACACCACAAUUUCACUGUUAUAACAUUGCAAUAUCGCACUAGACACCUACUAUGGCUACCCAAAAAAUUAAUCUAAGUACAAUUAAAGAAUUGAAAGAAUUUGAAGAAAAGUCCAAUGAUAGAACCAUAUUGAAUAAAAUAAAAGUUGUAAAGGAUGAUAAUCCAACAUUGAUUCAAAAAGAAAAAUAUAAUUUACAAGAAGAUAUUGAUGUAGAAAAUUUGAAUAACACAAUUAAAGAUAACACUGUUGCUUAUAAUUAUAGAAGAAGCUUGGACAAAAAAACUGUUGAACUACAAAAGAAAGUUGAAUAUUGGGCAGAAUUAUCUGCUAGAAAUGGCAAUGAUAUUCCUCAAUCUGUCAAAGAUGAAAUAGAUGUUGCAUGUGGACAAACAAAACUUUUGACAACUGAUAAAUUUAUGCAAAUGCAUACUCUAAUAAAUGAAUAUGAUAAUAAGUCUGGGCAAAUGCUCAUCACAACAGACGACUUAGAUGGCUUUUGGGAUAUGCUAUUGUUACAAGUUGAAAAAUUAGAAGGCCAAUUUAGUCAACUUGCCAUAUCGGAAAAAAAUAAUUGGGUUCCAUUAAAUCCUAUUGCUAAAAAAGUAAUUAACAGACUACCCUCAGUAUAUAAAUGUCCAGUGGUAAAAUCAAAAGUUGCUGAUUUUAUUAAAACUCAAAAGUCAAAGAAAAAGAAAACUACACCUAACAGCAAAAAUUCUAAUGAAAAAAAUGACUCAAAGUUCAAUGAAAUGAAAUUGUCUAAUAACACUUAUCGCGAGUUUUUGAUUUGAUUUAAUAACAUGUCUUUGAUAAAUGAUCAAAUAAGAAUAUCUUUAAUCUAGUAUUAAAUUACUAUUGUUUUAUAUAAUGGUUAUUUAAGUUAGCUAUGAUA